AUGCAAACCUGCUCAGCCCUGGUCUUGCUGCUCCUGGCGGCCAGCACCCUGCCUGCCAGGUGCUCGCCCACCGAGCCCAGCUGCCUCCACUUCCCGGAGCUCCUGCCUGCAAAGCUCAAAGAGCUGAGGAUCAAGUUUGAGGAAAUUAAGGAUUAUUUUCAAUCAAAAGAUGAUGAACUUAGCAUCCAGUUGCUCAGCUCCGAACUGCUGGAUGAAUUUAAGGGCGCCUCGGCCUGCCAGUCGGUGUCGGAGAUGAUGCGGUUCUACACGGAGGAGGUCCUGCCCAGCGCCAUGAAGACCAGCACGCACCACCAGCAGAGCAUGGGCGACCUGGGCAACCUGCUGCUGAGCCUGAAGGCAACGAUGAGGCGCUGUCACAGAUUCUUCACGUGCGAGAAGAGGAGCAAAACCAUAAAGCACAUUAAGGAGACGUUCAACAAGAUGAACGAGAAUGGAAUCUAUAAGGCCAUGGGAGAGUUUGACAUUUUCAUCAACUACAUCGAAGCGUACUUGCUGAUGCAGAGAAGGAAGUGA